AUGACACAAAAUAAUGUUAUUAAUCUAGCUGACGACUAUAUUGUUAUUUGGUUAGAUAAAAAUAUCGAAGUGAAUAAAAAUAAUCGAGAUAUUAAAACGUUAAUACGACAAAUAGUUCGAAGUCGUUUACAAACAUUUGUUGAACCCGAUCAAUGUGUUGAACAAAUAUUCACAACCUUACAAGAAAAACGAAUCAUUUUUAUUGUCUCAAAUGAAUUUGGUCCAGGUGUUGUACAAGCUAUCCAUGAAUGUUCACAAAUACAAACUAUUUAUAUUUACUGUGGUUAUCGACAACGAGCUGAACAAUGGACACAACCAUAUACAAAAGUUGCUGGUAUAUUCACAGAUAGAAAGACAUUAUUAAAUAAAAUUUGUGAUGAUAUUAGUACACAUGGACGAGAUUCUGAAUUACCAAUGAGUGUAUUUCAUCUGGAAGAAAAACAAAAUUCACUACAAAAUCUAACUUCUGAAAGUGCAAAUUUUAUGUGGUAUCAGUCAAUACUUCAUGUUAUUCCAUUAAUGGCAAAGUAUUGUAAUUCUAAAACUGAAAUGAUUAGAGAAUGUCGAGCAAAAUAUCAUAAUGAUGCAACUGAACAAAAGAAAAUCAAUGAUUUCGAACAAAAUUAUAAACCAGAAAAAGCAUUAUGGUGGUAUACAUAUGAUAGUUGUAUAUACCGAUUGUUAAACACUGCUCUUCGAACACAAAAUAUUGAGAUUAUAUUCAAAUUCAGAUUCUUUAUUAAUGAUCUUCAUAAUCAAAUUUCACAACUUUAUCUGAAAUAUUUAGAUUCACCUUCGUCUAGUACUAAUCAUAGUUUAACUGUUUAUCGUGGUCAACGUAUGAAGAUCGAUGAAAUUCAGUUACUUAAAAGAAGUGUUAAUCAACUUAUUUCAAUGAAUAGUUUCUUAAGUGCUUCAACAAUAAAAUAUUUAGCUGAAAUCUUUGCAGAUACAAGUGAUCAAUUAAAUAAAGAAUCACCAUUACAAUCUGUUUUAUUUACUAUUAAUAUUUAUAAUAUGACGAAAGACACAACACCGUUUGCAUUUAUCCAGAAUUUCUCAUGUUGUCGUGAUGAAGACGAAGUAUUAUUUUCCAUUGGUGCCAUUUUCAAAGUUGUAUCAGUUGAAAAAGAUAAUAAUACGUGGCAUGUAAAUUUACAAUUAUGUAGUCAACAAAAUGAGUUUUGUCAAAAUCUAUUUAAUUAUAUGAAAAAAGAGAUUGGUUCAGAUCCAAGUCCCAUAUCUUAUGGCUGGUUUUUAUAUCGUAUGAAUGAAUAUGAUAAAGUUGAACGUUAUGCCAAUAUUCUUCUUGAAGAACUUCCAGAAAAUGAUAAAGAAAUUGGAAAUGUUUAUAAUCUACUUGGUCUCAUGUAUAAAGCAAAGAAUCUUCUACAACAAUCAAUCGAAAGUUAUACUAAAGCACUUGAAAGAUAUCGUCGUACUACUCUAUAUAGUAGUUCUCAAGCAAUUAACACACAUUAUAAUCUUGGCUUAGCUUAUUUAGCAUUAGGUGAUAAUGAAAAGGCCGAUGAGCAUCAAAAACAAGCUGAAGAAAAAUUAAAAAAUUUAUUGAAACACCAUCCAAUGCUGACUCUCGCAACAGAUAGUCUCAAGGCCAAAAUCCAUACAGCACAAGACCGUUAUGACAGUGCUUUACAAAUCUUUCAACGUGUUUUGAAGAAAAAAAAUGAGAUUUUAGCUGCAAGUCACCCGUCAAUCGCAACAACUUUAAACGACAUGGGUACUGUAUAUGAAAAAUUGAGUAGUUACCAGAAGGCACUUGAUUGCUUCAAUCAAGCAUUAGACAUUUAUAAUAAAACGUUGCCAUCGGAUCAUAUCGAUUUUGCAGUAUGUUUUAAAAACAGAGGUCGUAUUUUUGAAAAAUUACAACAACCUGUACGUGCAAAACAAGAAUAUAAAUUAGCAUCGAACAUUAUGAUGAAUAACAUACGAGAUGAAGUUGAUUCAUAA